ACGGUAUAAAAAAGCAUUGGGCACCAGCUUCCAUUCAUAACUUUACCCAACUCUUUCAAAACAAAAAAUGCUACCUGCUGUCUCGAGAAACGCUGCCUUCACGGGUAUGCGAACGCUCUCCCCUCACAUUGCCCGAACCUCUGUUCGGUGCUUUGGCUCUCUAUCCAGUGUUCUUCGCGGCCCCAAUGAGAUGCGCCCUAUCGCGAGUAUACCAGACGAUAUUGCUCGCGAAUUAGCAAAUAGCCAUCCUGUACCCAUGCGACAUGAAUUUGCUGAUAACCCGCAAAAGAUCACUACCGACGUGCUUGAAAAAAUGGAUAUUGGCCUUGGAAGUCAUCAUGUUCCUACAUCAUUCAGUGAUAAGCUGGCCUUUCGACUGGUGAAACUUUUAAGAAUCCUUCCCGACACCUAUUUCCGGGACGACCAUUACAUGAGAAGCGUUAUGCUAGAAACUAUUGCUGCAGUUCCUGGUAUGGUCGGCGCGAUGCAACGACACCUUCGUUCAUUACGAAAAAUGACACACGAUGGAGGUUUCAUCAGUCAUCUGCUCCAUGAGGCCGAGAACGAGCGAAUGCACCUUAUGAUUUGGAUGAAAUGCCUGCAACCCAAUGCCUGGAAUAGACUGUUGGUUUUAGGUGCUCAAGGUGUAUUUUUCAACGCCUAUUUCCUCGGCUACAUGAUUUCGCCUAGACUUUGCCAUCGUAUCGCUGGUUACCUUGAAGAAGAAGCUGUUAUAUCCUAUACGCAUUUCUUGGAUGCCAUUGACAAGGGCAUCAUUGAAAACAAGAAAGCUCCUCAAAUAGCACUUGAAUACUACAAUUUACAUCCUGAAGCCAGUGUACGAGACGUUGUCGUUGCCGUCCGUGCAGACGAAGCUCUCCACCGAGAUGCAAACCAUCUAUUCUCCGAUGUGUUCUCCUCCAAGCAAGUCAAUUUACGAGACCAAAUCAAAGAACAAGCUGAAAAACAAGGCUCGGCUGAUGAAGCUCUUCGCGAAUGCGCCAAAUAAUAGAAAUAAUUUUUAGAACACGCCCGCCCCUCGUAAUAAAUGAACCAGUAUGUUUGAACAAAGAAGUCCCGUUUUUCAGU